AGAAGGAGCGUCUGCCUCGAGAGGAGGCGCGUCCGGCGACACGUCGGCGGCGGCCGCCAAGCUGCUGGCCGCCGGAUUCUACGGGAUAAGCUCGUUUCUCAUCGUUGUGGUCAACAAAAGCGUCCUCACUAGUUACAGGUAAAGGUGCAAAGUGCACAGUCCGCCCAGAUGUUUACAGGCGCUUCUGACGGCGUUGUCGGAGUUAAUGGAGGCACGAGGAGUCCAAAACUCAACCUCCUCCGGAAGUUGGAUUCACUGCAGCGGCUGAGUGGCCUGAGGGGUUAAUACGUGCACAGAUGUUCACGUCAACGAGUAGCUGUUGGAGAUGAACUUUGUUGCUACACACGGUAGUAUGUACGGGAGUUGGGAUGCAUUUUUCUCAUUUGCGUGAUUCUAACGUUGAACUGGAAGCAGUAGUCAACAUGUUUACAACAGGUUCCCAUCAUCAACAUGUGUUGGCAUCGGUCAAAUGCUGGCCACCGUUGUGGUGCUGAGGACCGGGAAGAUGCUGGGCGUCAUAGCGUUUCCAGACCCGGACCUGAGCGUCGCGCGCAAGAUGUUCCCGUUGCCUCUGCUGUACGUCGGGAAUCAAAUAUCGGGGCUGUUCGGGACGCAGCGACUCAAUUUGCCCAUGUUCACGGUUCUAAGGAGGUUCAGCAUUCUUCUCACCAUGGUGUUCGAGGGGCUUCUACUGAAGAAGACCUUCUCCCCCUCGGUCAAAGCCACCGUGUUCACCAUGAUCCUUGGCGCCUUCGUCGCUGCCAGGUAAGACGCCCCACGGCCGCACGCCGCCGUUACACGACUUCCUGUCAACAAGCCGGUGUCACGUGUCCCCCGCUUAGCGCCGACCUGACCUUUGACCUGGAGGGCUACGCCUUCAUCAUGCUGAACAACGCGCUGACGGCGGCCAGCGGCGCCUACGUGAAGCAGAAGCUGGAGUCGAGGGAGCUGGGCAAGUAUGGCCUCCUGUACUACAACGCUUUGAUCAUGCUCUUCCCCACUGUGGCCUACGCCUACUUCUCAGGAGACUUGCAACUAGGGUCCGAGUAUCGCGGCUGGUCCGAUCAGCUGUUCGCCGCGCAGUUCGCGCUGUCCUGUGUCAUGGGCUUCGUUCUGAUGUACUCCAUCAUGCUGUGCACGCAGUACAACUCGGCGCUCACCACCUCCAUCGUGGGCUGCAUCAAGAAUAUUGUGGUGACCUACAUCGGGAUGGUGUUCGGUGGAGACUACAUAUUCACCUGGACCAACUUCCUCGGUCUAAACAUCAGCAUUGCUGGGAGCCUGGUGUACUCCUACAUCACCUUCACACAGGAGCAGACGAAAAAGGCCUAAACCCUGGAGCUCUGAUCCAACAAGAUCACCUACACGUCAUAUUAUCCAUUUACU